AUGAGCCUGUCAAAAUCAGAACGAGAGUCUAUUAUAUUAAAUGACGCCAGAGGAAUACAACAUCCUUUCUAUUAUGUAAGUCAGAGUAAAGAUGGUAAAAUAUACGUAAGAAAAAGAAAGGUUCCAUUAGCGAAUGCAGAAAGCGACAACAUUAAGGUGCAUGGCACCGAGGGUGAAGCCCAUAUAAAACCUUCUGUUCAAACUGAAAAGUCAAUAGAACCAGAAGAAAAGAAGCCAGAUGUACUUUCAAUAACGAACCAAGAGCUUAUUGCAAAGUUCGUGAAUUUCAUUGAAAAGCAAACCGAGUCAAAGAACCCUGACCCACCAGUGAAAGAAGUUGAGACAAAAGAGAAUGUACAGUUCAUUGAAAAUGUCAAGAAACAACUUCCACCACGAAUGCCAAGAAGAAGAGUGAGAAUAAUGAAGUAA